UCCAAAUAUAUUGGAAUUUUCUGAUGAAAAUGUCUUCAAUUAUACAAAGUAAUUGUUAAUCAAUUGUUUUAAGUAAUAAGUGUCCCUUUGUACUAGGUUCCAAGACUGAUCGAUCUGAAAACUUAAAUAAAGAGAUGUCUCAGACUGGGUUCAGUGCUGUGUAUUAUAAGGCCUGCACCCCGGGCCUGUCACACGAGUGUGAUGGGAACUCAUAUCUGAACAGCAUCUGCUAUCAGUUCAACACCCAGUUGGAUAACAUCUCUGAAUUCAAACCGAACUUCCAAGAAUGUACUAAGAAAAUAGUGAACCUGGUUUUCCUCUUUGACGGAUCGGGAAGCAUGACAAAGAGGGAAUUUGAACAGAACAAAAUAUUCAUAGAGCAUAUCAUGACAACCCUUAAGAACACCUCAAUUGAGUUUGCAGCGGUUCAGUUCUCAUCAAAUCCUAGGACUGUCUUCAACUUCAAUGACUAUAAAGAAAAGACGGCUUUGGACAAGCUAUGGGAUGAACAGCACAUGAGUGAACUAACCAACACACAUAAGGCGAUCCAAUUUGUCUUGGAGAAUAUUUUUGAAAACCCAACUGCUGGUGCCACUCCAGAUGCAACUAAAGUAAUAGUCCUAAUCACUGACGGAAAUCCUAGUGACACUGACAGAAAGGAUUCUAUCAAAAGAAGUAAUGAGAAAAACAUUUUCCGCUUAAUCAUUGGGGUCAAGAAUGUUGAUAUUAAAAAACUCCAAUCCCUGGCAUCAGAUCCAAAAGAGAGCAACACUUUCCACAUCCAGGAUUACAACGGACUUAGUGGAAUCUUAGAAAACUUCAACAUUGAUGGUUCCAAGACUGAUCGAUCUGAAAACUUAACUAAAGAGAUGUCUCAGACUGGGUUCAGUGCUGUGUAUUAUAAAAACACUUUUGUUUUGGGCUCAGUGGGAUCAAAUAACUGGCGUGGAUCUCUCUAUGAGGCUGUUGGUCCAAAAUCAGAGGGAAGGGAAAUUCAGGACCCCACGUUGGACAAAGACUCCUAUAUGGCUCAUGAAAAGUGGGACAAACACAGACUUCCUUCUGGUCGGGGCACCACUGUUUCACCAACCUCAGAGAGAGGGCAAGAUCUAUGUCUAUAGGCUGACUGACAAG